AUGACCGAGAUGUCCGUCGGGGACGUCGUCGGCGCAAAGCUGAUCGAGUGCCAGCGCGAGAACGAAGUGCCGGUGGUCUCGAUGGAUGGUGAGGCACACCCGAACAUGACGCUGGCCGCGAUCGGGCUCGGGGUGCUGGUGGCGCUCAUCAUCCUGAUCACGCUGAUCGCGUUCAUCACCCGCUGGGAGCGAAGUCCACGCACCAAGGUGCCAUCGCUCCCAGCCGCGCCGAUACAACCGAUAGAAACCGUCUCGCAGAAGGUGUCUGCCUCGGGUCGCAGUGUGACAUUCUCGGGCGAUUGCGAGCUGCACGAUGUGAUCACGCGAAUGUGAGUCCACGCGGAGAGGAGAGAGUCCGAAUCGUAUCGAAUCAUCCAUCCUCCAUGCUCCUCCGCACUGUAUUUGUAAGACUCACGGGGCAAGACAAGGCCAUCCCUCCAACCCGAUGGGCUGGAACCGUCGGGAUACAUGAAAGGGGAAGUCUUACUGGAAAAAGGAACCCCGCCUGAGCACCCACCAGCCCAGUCCUUGAGAUCAUGUACCUGCGGGUGGAGCCUAGACCAAGACCAAAAAGAACGGCAAUCAAAGGUAGGAGAGCUGUACAUAACAGUUAGGCAUAGGCGAUAACGAGAUUAUCGCGCACCGACGAGCGGAACUCUCUACACAGGGAUUAGAGGGAUUGAUGGGCCGUUUGCCAUGGCCGGAACCAAAUGUGUUUAGGAAAAGGAACAGGAGGGGGGGCAACAAAAUAUUUCGUUGGCGACAAGCGUUAGCGUCGAACCCUGACAUUGUACAGAUUAACUUGAGCGCAAACAUUUACUUUAUUUUAUUCUAUUUUAAUGCUAGGGAGCAAAUGUGGCGUAGACAUCAUAUUAACUGAACAUAAUAAUGUUCUUAAAGAGCAAAUUCAAAUAAACGCUAGGUUUGUGGAAGUCGCAAGUCUGGUAUUCA